AUGCUAGUAGGGAAUGAAUCCUCGUUGCUUGAGUGCAUCCCGUGUGGAGAGAAUUAUAAGGGUACUUGCGGGAAAGGACAAAGAGUAUGUUUCAGAUAUGGCCAGCCAGGCCAUCUUAUAAUAGGGUGCGCUUCCAAAACGGAGCGAGCUGCAGGAAUACACAGUGUUUCAGUAUAUCCCUUAGAAAGGACAGCUGGAUCGACGUCUAAGGACUUCGAGAAAAUUCGUGUGAACCACGAGGCAAAGAAAAUUAAAGAAACUGAGGCUAUAAGAAACAGUGGUUCCAUUUCCUGGAAGGGCAGGAAGUUUGGGGGCAGAGGUAAAGGGAAGCAGCUUCAAGUCAAACAAAUGUGCAACAAAUUCAAGAGGUCUAUUUCUCUGAUAAACAACUUUGCUAGACCUUUGAUUAUCCCGCAGUGUGUAGGUUGCGGAAAGGAGCAUUUGAGACGAUGUGCUACUAGAGAGUUGCUAUGUUACAAAUGCGGGAAGAGUGGCCAUAUUGCUAAGGAUUGUUAUAAUUUAGUUGUUAUGGCCGCAGCAGUUCAAACGGCCCCCUUCAGAUGUUUCCUGGGAAUGCAGCAAGACCUCCUAUUCUCAGAUGCACGAGAUGUGGGAAGUUUCAUCUAG